UUGACAAACUAACAAGAGGAUUAACUUCCGAUAGAAUACUAUUUAGGUAUCGGCAAUCUAGACACGUUCGAGAGAAUAUUAGUUGCGAUCUGAAGAGACGGACUCAAUUUAGAUCUAGAUGACAAGAUUGCGUGCGAUGACAGGAAUUCAGCUUGUGUUCCUUGCAGUUUUUGCUUCUACUUCGGCACGAUACAUUCCCUCUGACAGUGAAGUAUUUCCACCUGAAUUUUGGGAUUCCCAGACGUCAAAAAGGGAUGUGUUGCGUUUUCCUUAUUGGAAAUCGUGGGCUUCAAAUCCAGAAGCUGAGAACAUUUUUCCUCCGGAAUACUGGAGGGAUGCGAAUCAAAUAAAACGCGCUGUUUUCCCACCGGAAUUUUGGGAUAAUAUAGAUGCAAGCAAAAGAUCAGUUUUCCCGCCAGAAUUUUGGGAAAGCGUAAAUACUGAAAAAAGAUCUGUUUUUCCACCAGAAUUUUGGGAAAGCGUAAAUGCCGAAAAAAGAUCUGCAUUCCCACCAGAAUUUUGGGGAAAUUUAGAAGCUGAAAAAAGAGCAGUUUUCCCUCCAGAAUAUUGGAAGAAUGAAAAGCGGGCGUUCCCGGCAUGGAAGCAAACAUACCCUGGUAAACGUGGUGUAUUCCCACCUGAAUAUUACGACGAUGGAGUCUAUCAGAAAAGAUCUAUACCCUCGUGGAAACAAAUUUCGCCCGGAAAACGUAUGGCUUUUCCACCUGAAUUUUGGGAUAAUGAAUAUGAGAACAAGAGAGCGUUUCCUUAUUGGAAACAAACGGUGCCAAGUAUUAAGCGUGCCGUAUUCCCUCCAGGCUAUUGGAAAAUGGACGAAGACACAAAGCGAGCUACUCCGUAUUGGAAACAAACUUUUCCGGGAAAGCGUGAAAGCGGCGUCUUCCCUCCAGAGAUGUGGGAGAAUAUUGGACAACAGAAACGAAUGAUUUUCCCAGAUGAAUAUUCCAAAGAUCAAUCAGUUAAACGAUCUAUGGAAAAGAUUUUCCCUGAUGAUUACUGGCAAGGUACUAGCCAAGAGAAACGGACAAUAUUUCCUAAUGAAUACUGGCAAUCAAAUUUCCCAAAUAAGCGGAAAAUUCCAGGACUUGAUAUUCCCAUUUAUGCGUCCCCAAGGCUCUCUCAUCAAGACAUGUUACGCUUUAUUAAGAAAUAGAUGAAUGUUUCGUGUUCGAUUCUACAAUUAUCAUUGAAGUUUGGAUAACUCAAUUUUGGUAGAUAGAGAUGAUGUUACAUAUGAAUGCCAUAGUUUCAUUAUGAACGCAAUAUGUGUAUCAAUAAUAGCUUCAUGUACGUUGUGUCCGAGUUAAGUAGUUCUUAGUUCAACGUUUGACUAGUCAGCCAUAACGUACGCAAAUAAUUGUAUAUUAGAGUCACAGGCUCGUAUCGAAAGAUUUGUCCGCUGUGUGCAUGCUAUUUUUCAUAAAAAUACUAAGAAUACUUCACAAUUUAUUUUUUAACUCAUAUGUUUCGUUAUAUCAAAGGCAAU